AUGAUCAAUGGGGACACAGGAGAGGAGGCAAAUAUUGUUUACGGGGUACCAACUGGCUCUGUGUACGGCCCGGUCGGGUACACCAUGCACGUAAACAGUAUUAGUAACGUGGUGGAACACUGUUCCACGUAUAUGUACGCGGACGAUACGUGCCUGGUGUGCGCCGACAGGGACGUAGCUGCUAUAGAACAGAAAAUGCAAUCCGACAUAAAUAAUAUAUUAAAAUGGGCCCACGACAAUGGCAUCAUACUUAAUGUGACCAAAACGAAGUGCAUGCUUAUAAACUCUCCAAAAAUUAAAAUUCCAGAAGAAACAUCUUGUUAUGGUGUCAAACAAAUAUUGGACACAACAAAUGAAUGUUUAAGUGCUCUCACCAACAUGAAUAUAGAUGUUUCAUCCUGGGAUCUCAUUAUUAUCCACCUGGUCAUACAGAAGCUUGAUCAGAAAUCCCGGAAACUAUGGGAACACAAGAUCAGUGAUAACUCAGACACACUACCAACCUUUAGUGAAUUUUCAACAUUCCUGGAAUCCAGAUUCAGAGCAUUAGAGUUCCUAGAUCCAAGUAACAAGAGAGAAACAAAACCAAAAGAAGCAGAGCGACCUAAGGUGUUCAGUGUUACUACAACAGCGUUAUCAAUAUCCUGUCCAUGCUGUGCAGAGGCUCACUUGUUGUACCAAUGUAAGCGUUUUAGCCAGGACUCAGUACAACAACGGCGGGACUUUGUCAAAAAUAAGGCGUUGUGCUUCAAUUGUUUUGGAGCAAAGCAUUCUGCAACACAGUGCAAGCGAGAUACAUCAUGUAAGCGCUGCGGUCGUCGCCACCACUCCCUGCUGCAUCUGGACAGCGAGCAUCCACCUUCAGUGCAACCAAGCCGACUCAGUGAAGGGGAAAAGAUCCACGGCAAACAGCGUGAAGGUAUCCAGGAGAAGCCAGAGCAGAGGGAACCAGUACCUAGUAACAUUGUGGCUCAUGCUGCUGAAGGGUCGAGUAUGCCCAAUAGUGUAUGGACAGACUCUGAUAGAGGGUAUGGUACGGAAUCCAUCGUCCAACCUGACAGCACAAAACACCGCUCUGGGCUGGAUCCUGUCAGGAAAAACACAAGUCACUCCUGGGACCAGGAAGUAACUUCCAACUUGCUGACGGAGUGGAACGAGUUCCGGGAGCAGCUGCCAGUUCUCAACAGCUUCAUCAUGCCAAGAUGGGUCGGUCUCCGGCAAGAUGCAAGUGAUAUCCAACUACAUGGCUACUGUGACGCCUCCAACGACGCUUACGCAGCAGUCGUAUACCUUCGGGUAGUGGAUCAUGAAGGUAAUGUCACAGUCCAUUUAGUCGCAGCUCGAACAAAGGUCUCUCCAAUCCGCCAGAUAUCCAUACCCCGACUUGAACUGUCCGGGGCAGUACUUUUAUCCAAACUGCUGGGAGAAGUAUCCGCUAUUCUAUCCAUCCCAGUCAGUUGUUGCAGGGCUUGGACAGACUCGACUAUAGUCCUAGCUUGGCUUCAAGGCGAGCCGAGCCGCUGGACAACGUUUGUUGCCAACCGCGUCACUGAUAUUCUAUCCAUACUUAACAAUGAUCAGUGGGCGCAUGUAGAAUCCACCAGCAACCCGGCGGACUGUGCCAGUCGAGGAAUGUCACCAGCCGAUUUUAUCCAAUUCGAGUUGUGGGUCCACGGCCCAGCAUGGCUACAAGACCCUAACUACCAGCAUCCAACAUCCGAAACCGUAUCCACUGAGCUUGAAGCCAAGCCCAUGAAAGUACAUGUAUGUACUGUUUUAUCCACGGAUCAGCCAUCCGAAGAGUUGAGUGUUUGGACUAAAUACUCAUCUUUAUCCAAGACGGUAAGGGUAGUAGCUUACUGUCUCAGAUUUUGUAAAAAAUUGAAAGGAGAAUCGUUUCAGUCCUAUCUGACCGCAAGGGAGCUUGAUAAUGCCUUAAAGGUAGGUAUCAAAGCAAGUCAAUCUUCAGCUUUCUCUCGGGAGUUAACUAACUUGAAUAAUUCUAAUCCAAUCCCCCGGAGAAGCAUAAUAGUAUCAUUGUGUCCCUUCUUGGACGAGGAUGGUAUUAUGAGAACUCGAGGUAGGAUUGAGCAUAGCGAUCAUUCUUAUAAUGUUAAGCAUCCUAUAAUAAUGCCCCAUGACCAUCACUUAUCCAAGCUGAUUGUGAGUGACGCUCACACAAGGACUCUCCACGGAGGCCCCCAACUCACCCUAAAUUAUGUAAGAUCCAAGUUUUUAAUUCUCAAUGCCAAGAGCUUGAUUAGGCAUAUUUUAAGUAAAUGUGUAAGAUGCAUAAAGUACAAGGCUACCAAAAAUCAACCCUUCAUGGCUGAUUUGCCCAGUACAAGGGUAACUAUUGCUCGUCCGUUUCAUCGCACUGGGUGCGACUAUGCAGGCCCUAUAAAUAUUAGAAUAUCCAAGGGUAGAGGAUGUAAAAGCUAUAAAGGUUACAUAGCACUAUUUGUAUGUAUGGUAACACGUUGUAUUCACCUGGAGGCAGUAAGUUCACUUACCACUGAAGGGUUUCUAGCUGCUUACAGACGGUUCGUCGCACGUCGGGGUCCUUGUAAGGAGAUUUGGAGCGACAACGGCUCCAACUUUGUCGGUGCAUCCAAGGAACUGCGAGUCCUCUUCCAGCAGAGCGAGUCUUCUGUCAUGAAAGAGGUCGCUGAGGCCUUAGCUAAUGAAGGUACUGAAUGGCAUUUUAUUCCACCCCGGGCUCCCAAUUUCGGUGGACUUUGGGAGGCGGGUGUUGCCUCUACUAAAUACCAUUUGAAACGGGUCCUAGAUGGCACCACUCUCACGUUUGAGGAGUUAUCAACGGUUUUAGUCCAGGCGGAGGCUUGUUUAAACAGUAGGCCCAUGUACCAGCUACCGUCAAAUGAAGUGGACACUAGUCCACUCACCCCGGGACAUUUUCUAGUUGGCGAAGCUCUGGUAACCGCUCCAGAUCGUAACUAUGAAGAUUCUCAGAUCAGCCCUUUGCAUAGAUGGCAGCUCACCCAGAAGCUCAUGCAGCAGUUCUGGCGAAAAUGGUCUCAGGAGUACCUAACGACGCUCUAUCAGAGGUACAAAUGGACUAAGGUCACCCCGGAGCCACAGGUAGGUGACGUAGUGUUAGUUAAGGAGGAUGAUCUCCCGCCCUCGAAGUGGUUAUACGGGUUAGUACAAGAAAAGCACCCUGGUCCAGACAAUGUCACUAGAGUCGUUACCUUAAAAUGUAAUCAUUCCAAACUUGUGAGACCUGUUUCCAAAUUAAUAGUAUUGCCUGCUGCCAACUAG